ACACACACACUUCCGGGGGUGCCCAGAGGCUUAAAGGGCCAGGGCCCGGCGUUCCGGGCCCCACCCUCUCAAAGAGCCAGAGUCCUUAAGUCCUUAAAGGGACAAGGCACCUAUUCCCACGGGGAAGCUCAGGUCUCUUCAGAGUGCUCCCGCCCCCGUUCUUCCUUAAAGGGCUCGCACCCCAGAAAGUCCUCUAAAAGGAGCAGCAAGUUCCCAAUUCCCGUCCCCACAAUCUCUUAAAGGGACAGCGCCCCUCUCCUCUCCAUAGUUCUAUAGUUGGUGGGGUCCGAAGGUACCUGAGCAGAUCAAGUCCGACCCCCUGCCUCUCCGAACCACAUAAGAGGCCCUCACCCUCCCGAAAUGCCCAGCCCCCACCGGCUUCAAUUCCCCCCCAUCCUCUUAAAGGGACAGCAACAGCCUAACCCCGGUCUUCCUUAAAGGCCCCGCACCCCGGAAACUCCGCGGAAAGCGCUACGACUUCCCAGCCCCACCCUUCUCAGGCUCCACAACUCGAGGCCCCACCCUCUUAAAGGGCCAGCACCCCUAGCCUCCUCACCCCUCUGAAAGGCACGGCGCCCCCCGCCCUCAACCCUUAAAGGGCCAGCACCCCCACCCCCGGCAGCCCGUCGCUCUUAAAGGGCCCACGUCCUGGAAAGGCUUCUCCCUUAAAGAGCCAGCGCCCCCUUCUCUCCCAAGGAAGGAGGGGCCGGGGAGGAGCCCCGCCCCCUUCCCGGGCCCGCGCAGGGAGCAGCGGCGGCGGCGGCGGCGCGCGCGGGGGGUCCCGGCAGCGGCGGUGAUGGCGGGGGCGCGCCCGGGCGUGCACGCGCUCCAGCUGGAGCCCCCGCGCGUGCCCGAGAUCCUGCAGCGGGGCAGCAAGUUCAUCCGCUGGGACGAGGAGCCCCCCACCCGGACCCCGGUGACCCUCCGCGUGGACACGCACGGCUUCUUCCUCUACUGGACGGGACCCAACAUGGAGGUGGAUCUCUUGGACAUCAGCACAAUUCGGGACACCCGGACUGGGCGCUAUGCCAAGAUGCCCAAGGACCCCAAGACCCAGGAGGUGCUGGGCUUUGGGGGAGCGGACCCCCACCCCCACCCCGAGGAGAAACUGCUGACGGUUGUCCACGGUGCCAACCUGGUGUCUCUUGGUUUCCUCAACUUCAUGGCCGUCCAGGAUGACGUGGCUAAGCUGUGGGCGGAGGAGCUGUUCCUGCUGGCGAUGAACAUCCUGGCCCAGAACGCGUCUCGAAACACCUUCCUGCACAAGGCCUACACCAGGCUCAAGCUCCAGGUCAACCAGGAAAGCAGGAUCCCAGUGAAGAACAUCCUGAAGAUGUUUUCAGCCGACAAGAAGCGAGUGGAGACGGCCCUGGAGUCCUGUGGCUUGAAUUUCAACAGAACCGAGUCCAUCAAGCCAGAUGAGUUCACCCUGGAGAUGUUCGAGAGGUUCAUUAAUAAGCUUUGUCUGCGCCCUGACAUCGACAAGAUCCUGCUGGAGAUCGGGGCCAAAGGAAAGCCCUACCUGAGCCUGGACCAGCUGCAGGACUUCCUGAACCAGCGCCAGCGCGACCCACGGCUCAACGAGGUCCUGUUCCCACCCCUGGACCGGGCCCAGGUGCAGCAGCUCAUCCGCAAGUACGAGACCAACCCCCAGUUCCUGCAGCGCGACCAGAUGUCACUCGAGGGCUUCGGGCGCUUCCUGGGUGGGGACGAGAAUGGGAUUGUGGCCCCCGAGAAGCUGGACCUGAGCGACGACAUGACCCAGCCCCUGAGCAGCUACUUCAUCAACUCCUCCCACAACACCUACCUCACAGCGGGACAGCUGACAGGCGCGUCCUCGGUGGAGAUGUACCGGCAGGUGCUGCUGAGCGGGUGCCGCUGCAUCGAGCUGGACUGCUGGAAGGGGCGCCCGCCCGACGAGGAGCCCUUCAUCACCCACGGCUUCACCAUGACCACCGAGGUCUCCUUCAAGGAGGUGAUCGAGGCCAUCGCAGAGAGCGCCUUCAAGACCUCGCCGUUCCCCGUCAUCCUGUCUUUCGAGAACCACGUCGACUCGGCCAAGCAGCAGGCCAAGAUGGCCGAGUACUGCCGCAGCGGCUUCGGGGAUGCCCUGCUCAUUGAGCCCCUGGACAAGUACCCGCUGCAGGCUGGCGUGCCCCUGCCCAGCCCCCACGACCUGCGCGGCCGCAUCCUGGUGAAGAACAAGAAGCGGCGCCCGCGGCCCCCCCGGCCCCCCAGCAGCGUCCGCCGGCGCCCACCCGAGCCCCCCCUGGGCGAGCCUGACACCCCCUCGCCUGGCUCCUUCCCGGAUCCCUCCGAAGUCGGGGUGCCCCCCGGUGGGGAGGACAAGGUCUCCGAGAGGCUGAGCAAGCUGGGGGAGCCCCGGAAGUCCAUCGACCGGGAGGCGGAGAGCGAGGAAGACGAGGAUGAGGAGCAGCCAGAUCUCAAGAAGGCGACGACAGAUGAGGGCACGGCCAGCAGCGAGGUGAAUGCCACCGAGGAGAUGUCCACCCUCGUUAACUACAUCGAGCCGGUCAAGUUCAAGUCCUUCCAGGCAGCCGCCAAGAGGAACAAAUCCUACGAGAUGUCGUCCUUUGUGGAGACCAAGGGGCUGGAGCAGCUGCUGAAGAGUCCCAUGGAGUUCGUGGAGUACAACAAGAAGCAGCUGAGCCGCAUCUACCCCAAGGGCACCCGGGUCGACUCGUCCAACUACCUGCCCCAGGUCUUCUGGAACGCCGGCUGCCAAAUGGUCGCCCUCAACUUCCAGACCCUCGAUGUGCCAAUGCAGCUCAACCUGGGCAUGUUCGAGUACAACGGGCGCAGCGGGUACCUGCUCAAGCCCGAGUUCAUGCGGCGUGAGGACAAGGCCUUCGACCUCUUCACCGAGGCCAUCGUGGACGGCAUUGUCCCUAACACUCUCAAGGUCAAGAUAAUCUCGGGGCAGUUUCUCUCCGAGCGCCGGAUCGGGGUCUACGUCGAGGUCGAUGUCUUCGGGCUCCCGGUCGAUACCCGCCGCAAGUUUCGCACCCGGACCAGCCAGGGCAACUCCUUCAACCCCGUGUGGGACGACGAGCCCUUCGUCUUCCCCAAGGUGGUGCUGCCCACGCUGGCCUCCCUGCGCGUGGCCGUCUUCGAGGAGGGCGGCCGCUUCGUGGGCCACCGGGUCCUGCCCAUCUCGGCCAUCCGCUCUGGGUAUCACUACAUCUGCCUCCGGAGCGAGAGCAACCAGCCCCUGUGCCUGCCCGCGCUGCUGGUCUACACCGAGGCCACCGACUACAUCCCCGACGACCACCAGGACUACGCCGAGGCCCUGAUCAACCCCAUCAAGCACGUCAGCCUCAUGGACCAGCGCGCCAAGCAGCUGGCCGCCUUCAUGGGCGAGGGCGAGGAGAGCCAAGAGAAGCCGUGUGAGACCCCCAGGAAGCAGAGGACGGAAGCGGUGCCCGAGCCCCCCAUGGACCCCCGGACACCCCCUGCCGCUCUGCUGCCCCCCACUGGUCCCCCCAGUGUCGCCAGCCCAGGGCAGAGAGAUGACCUCAUUGCCAGCGUCCUAGCAGACGUGUCCCCGCAGUCGGUGGAGGAGCUGCGGCAGCACAAGGGCUACGUGAAGCUGCUGAAGAAGCAGUAUCGGGAUCUCAAGGACCUGCGCAAGAAGCACGUGCGCAAGCUGGCGGCGCUGCACAAGAAGCAGAGUGCUCAGACCGCCGGCCCCACUGGGGGAAGCCUCCGCCGCCGGAGCCAGGCCAGCCUCCGUGCCAAUGGGUCUGUGGAGGGGCUGGAGCAGGUUGGGGCCAGGCGGCGCUCGGAGCUGUACGAGGCGCAGGUCCAGGGGCUGCUACAGUUGCGGGAGGCCCAGCACCAAGUCGAGGCAGCACGCAAGAGGGAGCACCUGCUCCAGGCCCAACAGCGCCUACGGGACAUUGCCCUGGAGUGCCAGGCCGCCCAGCUCAAGCGCCUCAAGGAGACCAGUGACAGGGAGAAGAAAGAGCUGCAGCGCAUCCUGGACCGCAAGCGCCACAACAGCAUCAGCGAGGCCCGGAACCGGGAGCGGGCCCGCAGCCGCGACCAGGGCCGCAAGGAGGGGGACCUGAAUGAGAUCAACCGGCGCCACAUCACCGAGUCGGUGACAUCCAUCCGCCGUCUGGAGGAGGCGCAGGUCCAGCGGCAGGACCGCCUGGUCGCGGGGCACCACGACAUUCUCCAGCAGAUCCAGGACGAGCAGCCCCGGCUGCUGGCGGCGCUGGAAAUGGAGAUGGCGAGGGAAGCCGAGGAUCUGCCAGUGGAGAUCAGGGAUUUCCUGGCAGCUGAGGGGGACAGGGGUGUCAGGAAUGGGCACCCCACAACAGGGGCACCCCCCACCUCCAGUCCUCCUAGCGAUGAUGAGGACAGCACCACCGUCCUCUGAACCUCCCCCAAAAGUAGUGGGGGGGGCUGAGGGGAGCAGCUGGCAUGGAGGCCCCCCCUCCCCAAGGACCCCAGAAGUGGGGGGCGGGAGGAUCCCUUGCACUGACCCCCCUCACCUCAGCUGGAUACCCCUAGACUGGGAGCCUGGGGUUCCUUUACCAGCUAAGGGUGACCAGGGACCAGAGGGGUGCCUGGUACAAAUCCUCUGUCCCCCUCCCACUGGCCAGAAGUGGGGGGCUCAGGAGGCAGCAUCUCCUGGAACCUCCCAGCAUGGGGGACCCCAAAAGGGGGGGCUUGGCACAUAAAUCUGUGGACCCCCAAACUGGGAGACUGGGGGACACAGCAUAGGGGGGUUGAGGGGAUGGGCACAGUCCCCACCCCCCAGCUAGGGGGACCUUGAAAAGGAGGGACCAGGGGUUCCUGGCACUGACCCCCCAUUUCCAUGGGACCCCCAAAAGGAAGGUUUGGGGGACAUCUCAGCAUCCCCUUCCUGUGACCAAGGCCUGGAUCCUGCUUGAUGGGGUUCAGCAGGGUCCCCAACUUCCCCCCCACCCCUGGGUGCUAUGGGUGGGGGGGCAGAGCCACUGCCAGACACUAAGAGAUCCCAUUCUCUGUAUUUUAAGGGUAUUUUAACACUCUCAACACCGCUGCCCCCCCAAACUGGGGGCUGCUCAGAGGGCUCACUUGGGGGGCCACUUGGCACCGCUCUAUUGAACCCCAAAUCAGAUCCCCAGACCUGUGGAGGGUGCUAGCCACUCCUCCCCUGAACUGGGGAGCUCUGGGGGUCCCCCACUUUUGGAGCGGGCAGCACUAAAAAGGGCUAUUUUUAUAUGAGUCUAUAGAAAAUCUUUUCUUGUUUUUUGUUUACUUUUUACCAAUUUGUACCAUUUUGGAGGGGGGGAGGGACCGGGACCCCACGGCCCAACCCUCCGGGGAGCCCGCCACAAUCGGCAGGGCUCGCCCGCGGGCUGUUGGAAGCACGCCGGGAGGUUUUACGAGGAUAUUUUAAUAAAAUAAAUUCAAGUAAUGACAUGA